ACAUUUGACAGUUAUCACCAUUUAAAAAUAUAAAAAUAACAUGAAAAUGGAAAAAUAAUCCCGAUUCCUUGAACAGAAAUUAUAUUAUUUAAUUCAUAUUUUCCAUAAACAUACAUCAUAUAAUCUUAUCAACAUGAAUCCUCUUAAAAAUCCGAAUGCGGAACGUAAUAAUCCUUGUUUAAAGGAACAAGAACAGUCCUAUAGCUGUUUGAAUAAAAAUGGAUUUAAUCAAGAAAAGUGUGAAUUACACUUCGAUAAUUAUAAUACGUGUAAAAAGUUCUGGGGAAAAGUGUAUAAAGACAGGAAGGCGAAAGGGCUAACUCCAUACAUGCCGGAAGUUUCGGAGAGAGAAAAAAUCAAACAGGAGUAUUUGAAAAAUGUUUACUUUACCUCCUAAUUAACACUAGUUUAUGAGCUGUAAAUAUUUGAGUAUUCAUAAAUAUAUAAAGAUGUUAAGCAAAAA